GAGCCCAAUUCCACAGCCGCCAAACUCCACCACUUGCUAAUCCGAUGCCGACCGGUGAGCUCCGGCAGUCAGAUUCCUCCGAGGCCGAAGCCGAGCAGUGGCUGUGGGCUCACAUCAAAGCGGAGGCGCGGCGCGACGCCGAGUCCGAGCCGGCUCUCGCCAGCUACCUCUACUCGACGAUCCUCUCCCACUCGUCGCUGGUGCAAUCGCUGUCGUUUCACCUCGGCAACAAGCUCUGCUCCUCCACUCUCCUCUCCACGCUCCUCUACGACCUCUUCCUCAACACCUUCUCCUCCGACUCCUCCCUACGCGCCGCCGCCGUCGCUGAUCUACGCGCCGCCCACGAGCGCGACCCGGCCUGCGUGUCCUUCUCUCACUGCUUGCUCAAUUACAAAGGCUUUCUAGCAUGUCAGGCGCAAAGAGUGGCGCAUAAGCUGUGGAUUCAGUCACGCAGGCCGCUGGCGCUUGCGCUGCACUCGCGGAUAGCCCAUGUGUUUGCGGUGGAUAUUCACCCGGCGGCGAGGAUUGGAAAGGGGGUGCUGUUUGACCACGCGACGGGAGUGGUGGUGGGGGAGACGGCGGUGAUUGGGAACAAUGUGUCCAUACUCCACCACGUGACGCUGGGAGGGACCGGAAAGACGGGGGGAGACAGGCACCCCAAGAUUGGCGACGGGGUGCUUAUUGGAGCCGGGGCGACCAUUUUGGGGAAUGUGAACAUUGGAGAGGGUGCAAAGAUUGGGGCGGGGUCAGUGGUGCUUAUUGACGUGCCGGCGAGGACUACGGCGGUGGGGAAUCCGGCGAGGUUGCUCGGUGGGAAGGAGAAGCCGUCGAGGCAUGAGGAUGUGCCUGGAGAAUCCAUGGAUCAUACAUCGUUUUUAUCAGAGUGGUCUGACUAUAUUAUAUAGGGUUUCAGCUAUUUUGAUGUUGCUUGUUGCUUGUUGCUUCACUUGCUUGUUGCUGUGUUGAACAAUAAUACCCCAAGCUCGCUAAUCGUAUUUGGCUCUAAACCUUUGUUUUGUACUAAUUGUAUCUUCUCUUAUUCUCGCAAAGACGAGCUGUAUAUAUAAUCUUGAUAACUACUA